UUCAAUAGGCCGCUUUAUUCAUUACGCCACCAGUACUCUUUCUCACUCUCAACUCCCACCCCAUCUUUGUCUCGUGAACCCGUCCUUUUCCCGCCUAUUAAACAAAGCCUUCCAAAUGCAGAUGCAAAUGCUUUCUCUAUCUCCCCGCAACUCUUUACCUCUUUCCUCAUCAAUCUCUGCAUUCUCCGGCUGUAAUAGCCGGAAAAUCGUCUUCGGUUCGCUUGCUUUUCCACAUUCCGAUAUCAAUUCGUUUCCGAUCUCGCACGGAAUCAAAUUGGCGUCGCCUAUGAUGACUUCGAAUUGUGUGCUCCCUAAUCAAGCACAGAUUGCUGAUUUAGGAGUUGAGGACUCAGACCUCGACAAAUUCGCAGCUGUUAGUAACAAAAUUGCUGAUGCUGCUGGUGAAGUCAUUCGCAAAUACUUCCGGAAGAGCUUCGAUAUUCUCGAUAAAGAAGAUUUAAGUCCGGUGACAAUUGCUGAUCAAGCGGCGGAGGAAUCCAUGGUGAAGAUAAUUCAAGAGAAUUUCCCUUCCCAUGCAAUUUAUGGAGAGGAGAAGGGAUGGAGGUGUCAAGAGGAAACUGCAGAGUAUGUUUGGGUUUUAGAUCCAAUUGAUGGUACUAAGAGUUUCAUUACAGGGAAACCUGUGUUUGGCACUCUUAUUGCUCUGUUGUACAAAGGUAAACCGAUUCUUGGCGUUAUUGACCAGCCUGUACUGAGAGAGAGGUGGAUUGGUUUAAGUGGGCGACGAACUACCUUGAAUGGGCAAGAAAUAUCCACACGCAACUGUUCAAGUCUUUCAAAAGCCUACAUGUACACUACUAGCCCACAUUUGUUCGAAGGGGAUGCUGAGAUUGCCUUUGCUCGUGUUAGAAGCAAGGUGAAAGUUCCACUGUACGGAUGUGACUGCUAUGCUUAUGCCCUAUUGGCUUCUGGAUUUGUGGAUCUUGUAAUAGAGUCUGGUCUUAAGCCGUACGACUUCCUCUCACUUGUACCAGUAAUAGAAGGUGCUGGAGGAACAAUAACCGACUGGAAAGGACAACAUUUUAAUUGGAAAGCUUCUGCUGGUUCACCAGCCACAAGUUUUAACGUAGUGGCAGCCGGUGAUAAACAAGUUCACCAACAAGCUUUGGAUGCAUUGCAGUGGCACUAGAGGCUGCUGUGUUUCACUGUGUUGGCUCAAGUCGCCUUUGGCAAAUAUCAUAGUUAUUGAUUACUUUGCUGCUGAGUCUCUACAUCAAUUUUAAAUUUUGAAUUGAAUUAUGGUGGUACUCUGUUGUUAGUUAUUUAAUCAGAAUGACUACUUGUUAUUUUACAACAAAAUAUAAAAUUGGAAGAGAACAC